AUGUCUCCUGGUUCAGAGUAUGAUGCGUCUCCGGCGUAUGCGGACAUGCCAGCACCACACAAUCCGCUACUGCCAACGUUCCUUUCAACGUACGAUGAUACACCGCACCACCCAGACGCCUCAAGAUCUAACCCUUCCUCAAUGCCCAGGAUGCGAUUGCGCGGCGUGUUCGCAUACGGCACCACAUCACCCUCAACUUCAAAGAACCUCGCGCCGCGCAGUUCGAGCAGUCUACUCUCGCUGAACGUCGUGUACCGGAACGCUGCAAGGAGCGGAUUGGGCGGCCAACGUAAAGUAUAG